CUUCCAUACGGUAAUUGCGCCGUUGGUCUACCAGAUUAAUCAUGAUGAUUCUAGAGUUUCUGGUACUACUAGGAAGAACCCAGCUGAUGCUAUCUCCGCCAUCGCAUCUUUGUUCCAGUGUCCAUCACUACUGUUACUAUGGACUGAUGCUUGCCAUGGACCGUGGUCGCUCUUUCAAUUCAGCCUUCUCUGUACUGUCGGUAGAGUUCAUCAACGGGGGUCACGGUGCACUACCGUAUAACAUUGGGGUGGUCUAAGUACCGCUGUUCAAAGACUUAUCUCUUGCUUACAUCGAAUGGAUUCAGUCUAGCGUGUUUGUGCACUAAUUUUGUUCAAAUCAUAGUGCUGUCAGCUUGGUCAGACUCGGAGGUGGUGGCCAUGAAGUCGCAGGUGACGCGGACGUACCAAGGACAUAUCAAGGCAAGGGGGUUGAGUAUUCAUGUGAGUGAUCUGAUCAGGACGUGUUAUAUUCUGGUCUGUUGUUUGAUGCCUUGUUCAAGAUAAAUUGAUUGUAUCAUUGUAAUCUUAAUAAACUUUGG